AUGGAUGUACCACUGGAAAGCGUGAACGUUCGUUACAAGGAAGAAGAUGGGACUGUGCUGUUUGAGAGCUAUGUACCACCCUCUCGGGAUGCUGUUCACCUGCCUACAUAUGUCCUCUACCUGCUCAUAGCUGUCUUCAUCGUGCUGGGUGUCCUCUAUGCCAUCAUUGGUCACCUCAUCACAGACCUCAUCCAUGACUUUGCAGGUUUGUUCUUGCACAUCCUAGGCCAAAAGGUGUUUCUUUGCCCCAAUGUAUAUCCUUCUUUCCUUUUUACUCUCCAGACUGGUUGUUUGGGGAGCAGCCUGAGGAGGUGGUGGUGAACUACUGUGAGGCCAAGGAUAAGUUUAUGGCAGACUGGUGCCCGGAAACCUCCCCUGAACUGGAAGCAAUGGCCAGGGCUGAGGAGAACAAAAUAAUUGACAGGGACUUCAUCAAGGCUCCUGCCAUCUGGAUCAUCUUGAAAGAACCUCGGGGGAGCAGGUCCGGACCCCGUGUGGUCUUUGAGCAGAGGACUUAG